GGUAACCUCGAUUUCCGGUUAUUAGCUGCCGCUGCUAUCUGCGCCGGAGAGGAGACAGAGACCGGAGCUCGCAGACACCGGGGAACCGCGGCCGCAGGAGGAGAACGAGGUCUCUAAACGUCACCUUUUUUGACACUACCCUUUUAAAUCAUGGUGGAAUACUAUUCUAUUUUAGGAGUUAAUAAGAACGCCUCAGCAGAUGACAUUAAAAAAGCAUACCGCAAGUUAGCCCUAAAGUGGCAUCCAGAUAAAAAUCCAGACAAUAAGGACGAAGCUGAGAGGCGUUUUAAAGAAGUCGCGGAAGCAUAUGAAGUAUUAUCCGAUGCUAAAAAGAGGGAUAUCUAUGACCGAUAUGGAAAGGAAGGAUUAACCAACAACGGAGGUGGUGGAAGUCAUUUUGACAAUCCGUUUGAAUUUGGAUUCACAUUCCGUAGUCCUGAUGAUGUCUUCAGGGAAUUUUUUGGAGGAAGAGAUCCAUUUUCGUUUGACUUAUUUGAUGAUCCAUUUGAUGACUUCUUUGGUAAUAGGAGAGGACCCAGGGCACCCAGAAAUAGACCUGCUGGAGGCCCCUUUUUCUCUGCUUUUGGUGGAUUCCCUAGCUUUGGAGGGGGCUUCUCUCCAUUCGACACAGGCUUUACGUCUUCAUUUGGUUCAAUCGGACAUGGCGGCUUCACUUCAUUUUCCUCUUCGUCAUUUGGAGGAUCAGGAAUGGGUAACUUCAAAUCUGUAUCAACCUCAACCAAAAUGAUUAAUGGCAGGAAAAUAACCACAAAGAGAAUUGUUGAGAACGGACAAGAACGAGUCGAAGUUGAAGAAGACGGGCAGUUAAAGUCCUUAACAAUAAAUGGUGUUGAGGAUGACUUGGCCUUGGCAGAGGAAUGCCGUCACCGUGGACAGAAUGCUUUGCCCUACCAGCCAUCGGGAAGCAGGAUCUCUAGACCACACAGGCCUCCCGGCCUCCCCAGACACGGCCAUAACCAUAAAAGUGACGAAGAAGAAGAGCCAGAUAGGCUGCGGGGUUCAAGCAAUUGGGAAUCUCCUCUUUAUUCAACAGGACACAAGGAAGGAAGCAAGCGAAAGAAGCAAAAACAGAGAGAGGAACAGAAAAAGAAGAAAUCAAUGAAACCAGUCCACUAACACGGGAACGGACGUUCAAUGCACCCAACACAAGAUCACACCAUACUCUCCGUCUGCAAUGUUAACACAGUUUAUUUUGUUUUGUGUAUAUAAUGUAGAUUUAUUCUGGGUAGUUUUCUCACCAUUAUAGCUUAAUAAUAGUAAUUAAGAGAAACGUAUAAAUGAUUAAUAACUGCCCCUUCUGUCCUCACUCUGUACACUGUUUUCUUGUGGAGCAAUCUAGUAUGGAGUAAGCACAUGGUCUAUCUCAAGGCAGCAUCUCCACGCCAUGUUGAAGAGAUCGUAGCACAUUUGAUAAUAUGCUGGAGUAUGUUCCAGCUCUAAAUCUGUUACUUUACGAUUGCACUUGUACCUAUAUGAUAAAGUCCCUAUUUACAGGUGUUACUUCCAUGUUUAGCCAGAGACAUGGCAGUAACAUUUUGCAAUUUUGAAUAUCUACUCUGCCUUUUCUCCCUUGGAUUGUUAAACUGUUAAAUUGUAUCUCUUGGACUAUCUGACAGCAUUUUGUAGCAUAUUGACUGGAGAAUAUAGUACUUUUUUUUUUUUUUUUGACACUGACAAUUAAAAAUAAAAAUGUUGGUUAACCAAAGAA